AUGAAACCGGUGGUGUUUGCACUGCUUUUUUCGUUGCUUCAAACAGUGUUUACACUAACACAUCAGGACGUUAUUUAUGAUUACAACGGAAGACAGGUUUACAUACACUUACACAACCAUGACAGAAAAGAGCUGGAUACCAAAGGAAUGUCGUCAAACAAAAUAUUUCGAAUACCAUUUAAUUCAAAGUUUGAUACUGGUGAUACAAUUGCUAAUUCAACGAUCACAUCACCUACAAACGAACUUUGUAAGAUCGUUAUUGCAAAUUCAACACUUCUGUCGUUUUGCCCCUCUUCGGAUGAAACCACCCUUGAUGUUAAUAAAUAUUCUUCCGACAAAGAUGCAUGGGAACCAAUAAGCUUAGCCUCUCAAAUGUCUUAUCUGAAUGAUUCUAAUUAUCUGUACACAAAUACUGAUCCUUCCGGGGUUUACAUUUUUUCGGGAUUACUCGGCAGGUCAGUAAGCACAAUUAUGACUCGACUAGAUAUAAAUUCGUGGAAUUUUACAGACGCAACAUCCAGAAUUCAACCUGCUCCAUUUUACAAAUCAACAACAUUACAAAUAAAUACCAAUACACAGGUUUUAUUUGGUGGUAUCUCAGCAAACAAUGACUUGGUAAGUAUGAUGCAAAUUCCAGUUUGGCAAUAUAAUAGCUGGGCAGAAAGACCAUGCAAAAUUGGAACAGUGGAAGGUUUAGAAUCGAGAGUUAAUCCUCUAGUUUUGCCAGUGUUCAGUAGGGACAAUCCAUAUUUUCAAAAUGGUAAUUUAACCAAUUUUGAAGUUUCAUCCGUUCUAAUGAUUGGUGGCAAAACUAUGGAUGAUAGAAACGCACAACCACGAAUUGCUUCACUAAAUGUAUCAUCUUCACUUUUAUCAUGGGAAUGGAAAAGUUUAUCAACAGCCAAUGGUUCAAAUGAUACCACUAGUUUGUAUCGAUCUUUGGACGAUAUUGUUGCAGCAAGUACUAUCUAUGAUACUUUGAUUGCCAUCAAAGUAAAUGAAACAAGAAAGAGAGAUAGUUCGAAUGAUGCUCACAAAUAUUAUAUUGAAUUGUUCAAUGCAACCACGUUAGAGCCUCUCGAUGGUGUUGAUUAUAGUCACCUACAAGAUAUAGAGUUAGUUGGAUCGCAUACUAGUAAAAGUACAAUCAUAGCAAUUUCUGUUAUUAUUCCUGUUUUGGUGAUUAUACUUGUUGUGAUCUUGAUCACAUGGCUAUAUAAGAGAUACAAGGAAAAGAAAGAACAGGAAUUACACGAUAGGGAAGUUAAGGAAAUUGUUGAUUUUUAUCAAAAUCAGCAUAAAAGGAAUUCACAACUAACCUUAACAACAUCCGAUUCAGAUUAUAAAUCAAGUGACGGGUCUGCGUUUGAGUAUAAUAUUAGAGUCAGCAAUUAUCAGGAUGAUGAUAACUUAUCAUUGAGUUCAUGGAGAAAAAAGAGAAAACAGUAUUUGGAGGAAAGACUAAUGUACAAACUCAACAAGCCAUUGAGGAAAACAAACAACCCACUGAGUCGUUCUUUAUCAGUCGCCAGUAAUUUUAUGGGCACAUUGUCUAGAAAGAACUCGACCCAAUCAUCGAUUGCUACAUUUGUUACAGCACCUAGCUCAGUCACUGAACAGCAGAAUAAGGAUUCAAGGAUUACCAAUUCAGCAGGGGAUGAUAGUUUAACCAGUGACAAUCCAUUUCAGAGUGAACUGUAUACGAUAAAAUCCAAUACUUCUGAUACUAAUGCAAGCUUAGCCGAGCCCCCACCCGCCGUACCUAAACAUUCGACAUUUUUCACUUUGAACAGAACAAAUUCGAAUUUACAUCACAUACCUGAAGACUCAUCAAUAAAUACUUUUCAUUCUGAAAAUUUAGGAUUUAUAACACUGAACCAAGCAUAUGGAAGCUCGCCUCAACACCAAUACAUGAAGACUAUCGAAAAGAGAAUGUCAUAUCCAGUUUAUGCGUCGUCAUUAUCCAGUAGUUCAUCUUAUUACGAAUCGUCAUUUUCAUCGUCUGCAUCACCUAGUAGGUCGCCUAGCAGAUCUCUAAUUAAAUCGCCACCUCGGUCGCCUGGUAGGAGCAUCAACACAAGAACACGGCCCCUAUCUAUGGUCUCUAUUAUGCCAUCAAUCAAUUCGGUUGAUAGUGGAGCCGAUGAGUCAUUUGUAAAUGAUACAACCAUUAUGGAAACUAUUGGUGAGGCUGAAACUGGGUCCAUUAUUGAACGAGACAACGAUAAUAUGGAGGUCCAAGUGCUGGUUGGUCAUAAGAGAAGGUCGAAACUACGUGUUGUUAAUCCUGAUGAUGCGUUGGAAGAAGAAGAAGUAAAGAGUCGUUGCUCGAGUUCAGGGAGUUCAAAGGUGCAUUCUAACUUCGAAGUACGUCAAAGAGUUGCCAGUAGGGAAGAAUCUAUACACGAAGAAAUUGAAGAUGAGAAAAGGGGGAGGGGAGUUAACAUAGAGAAGCAUUAG